AUGCUAGUGCCACCAGAGAUGAUGGCGGCCCAAUCCAAACUAGUGUAUCAAAUGAACAAAUAUUACAACGAACGGGUCGCCAACCGCAAGGCGCAAAUCGCAAAAACGAUACACGAAGUUUGCCGAAUCGUACAGGACGUGCUAAAAGAGGUGGAGCUACAAGAACCAAGGUUCAUCUCUUCGUUGACCGAUUACAAUGGACGCUUCGACGGCCUCGAAGUGGUGUCACCGCACGAGUUCGAGAUCGUCAUCUACCUGAACCAAAUGGGUGUUCUGAACUUCGUCGACGACGGCUCUCUGCCCGGAUGCGCCGUGUUGAAGCUGAGCGACGGCAGGAAACGCUCCAUGUCCCUCUGGGUGGAGUUUAUCACCGCUUCUGGAUACCUGUCGGCGAGGAAGAUAAGGUCCAGGUUCCAGACCUUGGUGGCGCAGGCGUGUGAUAAGUGCUCGUAUAGAGAUUGUGUAAAGAUGAUCGCUGAAACGACUGAAGUCAAACUGCGUAUACGAGAAAGGUAUAUAGUUCAGAUAACACCGGCGUUCAAAUGUGCCGGGCUUUGGCCGCGGUCGGCUGCACACUGGCCUCUGCCAGCGAUACCCUGGCCCCAUCCCAACAUCGUCGCCGAAGUCAAAACGGAAGGUUUCGACUUGCUCUCGAAAGAGUGCCUCGCUUUGCAAGGGAAGAAUUCUGCGAUGGAAGGCGACGCGUGGGUCUUGAGUUUUUUCGAAGCAGAAAACCGUCUCCUCCAAGGUGGAUGUCGGAGGAAGUGUUUGAGCAUAUUAAAAACGAUCAGGGACAGGCAUUUGGAUCUUCCUGGCAAUCCAGUGACGUGCUAUCACAUGAAAACGCUUUUGUUGUACGAGUGCGAGAAACAUCCCAGGGAACACGAGUGGGACGAGACAGCAAUAGGGGACAGAAUUAACGGGAUAUUCCUGCAAUUGAUCUCUUCGUUGCAGUGCCGCAGAUGUCCGCACUACUUCCUGCCACACGUGGACCUGUUCAAGGGCAAAUCGCCGACGGCUUUGGAAAACGCGGCGAAACAAGUCUGGCGGUUGACAAGGGAAAUGCUCACGAAUUCCAGAGCUUUCGAAAAGCUGUGA